UCUGGAUCUAAGUCUAAACCCAUCAUUCUCUCUCCAUUUGUAAACCAAAAGAAACCCAAUUUCAUCCUCUCUCUCUCUCAACGAAGAUGAUAGCCGUGAUCGGAUUGCUUCUGGGUUUUCUAGUUUCAGCAUUGUUCUUAAUCCAAGGAAAGCGAAGGUCAUCCAAUGGUGGUCAAGAGAAGAAGCAACAAUCUAGUAAUGAUGACCCUAAAGAUUCGAAGCCAAAAAGUUACAGCAAGAGUGAAGUCGCAGAGCACAACAAAAGAUACGAUUGUUGGAUCAUAAUCAAAGAUAAAGUCUAUGAUGUCACUUCUUAUGUUGAAGAACAUCCUGGUGGUGACGCUAUUCUAGAUCAUGCUGGUGAUGAUUCUACUGAUGGGUUUUUCGGACCACAACACGCCACUCGUGUUUUCGACAUGAUCGAGGAUUUCUACAUCGGACAACUUCGGGAGUAAGAUAAGAGAUUGUUUUGUGUUUUUUUUGUCAAGUUUCCUCCUUUUAUGUUAUUUGUUCACGAAAAGAUCUCAAAUAUCAACUUCAAGGAUUUAGCUGAGAGCCUGAGAGUGAGCUUUUGAUCUGUGAUCUGUUUCAAGUGUUCUAUCUAAACCCAUCAGUUUUGGUA